AUGCGAGUGGAAAACAUAGAACAAAUUUGUAAUAUUUCCCCACCAGAUCAACAAAUCAAACCCAAACCACCUGUUCAUUCUAUGGACUUAGAUAAAUCUGAUUCGAAUAAGAAUUUACAACCUAUCCCAUCCUCUCA